GAGGAGGGCGGAGCCCGGCCCUGUGUUUUGAACGGCUCGAUGCGGGCGGCUCACUAUUUGGCAGGAAGGUGAGGAGGCCUCUAUCCUGGCGGAGGAGCUGGCGUAGGGAGAGGGGAUCCAAAUGUGGCAGAGGCGAGCAGGAGGCGGCGGCGGCGGCGGCGGGCAAACGAGACAAGGGGAGCGGCCGUUCCCGCUGCCGCCGCGGAGGAACUGAGCGGCCUGGCAAAGCAGGGGCCUGCGGCAGCGGCUGCAGCGCUGGCACCCCCGGGCCGCACGCCUGGCACCCCGGGCGCCCGUCCCGCUGGCAGGAGAUAUUUUAACAUAAAGAUGGCCCUUCGGGAUGAGGUGCAGAAGACUUGCAGAGGAUGAUUCUUUCUGUUCCUAUGACUACUGUAAUUGAAAGUGCAUCUUCUGCAUUUGAGGAAGGACAAAUUCAUGACUGAAUGGCGAAUUAAUAAGUAGCUGUCUUAUUCCAAUAGUAAGAGAACAUUUUGGAAUCAGAAAGAACUGGAUUUUCACCCUAGUCCAGCAGCUUUGCUGCUCACUUAAACACAGAUGAAUGAAGACCCCAUUUGGAAAAUCACCAGGUCAGCGGUCCAGAGCUGAUGCAGGUCAUGCAGGAGUGUCUGCCAGCAUGAUGAAGAAAAGAACUUCCCACAAAAAGCAUAGAAACAAUGUGGGACCAAGCAAACCUAUUUCUCAGCCACGAAGAAAUAUUGUAGGCUGCAGAAUACAGCAUGGAUGGAAAGAAGGGAGUGGACCUGUAACACAGUGGAAGGGCACAGUUCUUGAUCAAGUUCCUGUAAAUCCAUCUCUCUAUCUUAUAAAGUAUGAUGGAUUUGACUGUGUGUAUGGACUAGAACUACACAAAGAUGAAAGAGUUUCAGCACUUGAAGUUCUUCCAGACAGAGUUGCUUCAUCUCGAAUUAGUGAUGCCCAUCUGGCAGACACGAUGAUUGGUAAAGCAGUGGAACACAUGUUUGAGACAGAAGACGGCUCAAAAGAUGAAUGGAGGGGGAUGGUUUUGGCUCGAGCUCCCAUUAUGAACACAUGGUUUUAUAUUACCUAUGAGAAAGAUCCUGUCUUGUACAUGUACCAACUCUUAGAUGAUUAUAAAGAAGGUGACCUUCGCAUUAUGCCUGAUUCAAAUGAUUCACCUCCUGCAGAACGGGAACCAGGUGAAGUUGUGGACAGCCUGGUAGGCAAACAAGUGGAAUAUGCCAAAGAAGAUGGCUCAAAAAGGACUGGCAUGGUCAUUCAUCAGGUUGAAGCCAAACCAUCUGUCUAUUUCAUCAAGUUUGAUGAUGAUUUCCAUAUUUAUGUCUACGAUUUGGUGAAGACAUCCUAGACGUCAUCGUGAACUUUUGCCAAAUUUGUGGAACUAUUAAAUGUAAAAUUUGUAGACACAAAGACUUGAAUGCUUUCCAGUUUAAUGAAAGCUUAAAUGUCCCUGCGAACCCACAAUCUCUGCCAGCAAAACUGUUUUAUUCAGAAUAAUAUAAACAAACAAUUUUGUGUAAGAGAACUCCUUUUCUUGAAGGAAGUCAAUGUAUUUGGGCAGGAGGGAGUUAAAAGCAAAUAACAGCUGCAAAUUCAAGCUGUGUAAAGUUGAUGUAGUAUUGUAAUCAUUAAUCUAAAUUUUUUCAUAGAUUUUAACUUUUACUUCCACCUUGCACUCACUUGUUCAACUGCCACAUGCAAGUGUAGUAUGAUAUUUUGAUAUGCCUUCUUUUGUAACAUUAAAUUGAAUUUCUUGGCUAUUGGCAGUCCUUGUCUUCAGGGUUGAGACAGAGGUGACUUUUCUGAAAGGUUUAAACAGUUUGUGCAGCAUUGAGGAGUGCCUAAACCAAGUAACAUCAAUCUGCUGUGUUUCUACACUUUAUUUCAAAUUUAGCUUUUCAAGAACUUGCAGUACAUGGAAAUACUUGUGCAUCUUUACUAGUCACAGGGCAGUAGGAUAUCAAGUGUUUGACUUGCACACCUUUCAGUGAAAAGGCUUUAACUAUAACAAUAUAUUUAAUCUGUAUAACCAGUUAAUUAGAAAAUGCCGGUUAAUGGUCCAUAUUUAUAAUUUGUAGGAACCAGUAAAAUACAACAAGGCUGCCUUCAAUCCUAAUGUUGUAUUUCUUUCUUUGUUAUACACACUUCUUAGCAAAACCCAAGUGCUUGGUGCCACAACUUUAAUAAUAUAUAUGCUAUUUCAGAAGACUUUAGACUACGCAUUGGCAAUCAGUAGUCUCUCAUUUAAUAUCAAAACCUAGCAACCUGAAUGUUUACGUGUGGACUUAGAAGGCUUACAGUAGUUAAUAUUUUACAUGGUAAAUACAAUCUCAUGCCAGGGGGGUGGGGAGAGGUGUCCUUUUUCAUUGAAGACUUACUUUAGACAAGGAGAAGAGUCUGUUGCCUUCUGCUCAGCCGUUGUAUUCCUUUGGUUGGUUGGUUUUCUUUUUAACCAUUUUAGUUCAAGAAGGCAUCUUCCCAAUUUAUUCUUUUUCUGGCUUUUCCACAUAAGGAGUGUCUGGACAAAUCUACAGCUUAAACCUGUUGUUGCCUUUUGUGGUGUGCACUGUACUUGCUUUGAGGUAUGCUGUUAAUGUGAAUUUCAUUUUACGAACACUAGAGUUCUGCAUGGCAGUGGUGUACUAUCUAAUGGAAGCUAUAGGCAGUCUCAGUGGUUCAGUCAUCUGCAUUAGAUUGUGGAUGUAAAUAGCAGCCCACAACAGCAAAAUCCUUGCACGGUUUUAAUCUUGCAAGAUAGUUGUAAAUGAAAAUUAAGGAUUUUUUAAGUGUGGCAGCUUUUAAAAGUGUCAGAAUUGUAACAACGAUCAGCACAGCAACAAAAUUGACAUACUACGUUAAGGCAGAGCUCUGCAAGUUUCAAAGAACUGCUUCACAGAAAUACAGUAUGUGAUGGCAGUCAACACUAUUGUUGGAAGGAACAAAUACUCUGAUAUGCAACCGUAUGCCAUUAGUGGAAGGGUCCAGGAGAGGUGCUGUUAAUCAGAAAUUAGAGGUCUGGAUGACCUCUGUUGUGGGUAUUCUUGGUAUUGAAAACUCAGUGGUUUAAGCCCCUUUCUGUUCAAUUUUUGCCUGAUUUCAUAUUUUAGCCUUAAGGCUUGUGCCUCAUUAUGCUGUUGAAUGGUAAUAAAUACUCUCCAUAUAAA